UGUCUCUCUAUUCGUCCCGGUGAGAGUCCAAGAUCCGGUAACUCCGACAAAAGAGGAGUGCAGGCUGUACCCUUCUCAAAAUCCGACGAGACCACGCGUAUACCCCGAUAUACAUCUGGCUGCUCAAGUGAUUAAAGAAACAUUUCAGAAACAGACGUCAACAGAAAAGAUGCUGCUACCCCCUCCCUUGACCCCGAGCUAGCCCCACCGAGCCUUGGUGAUGUGAUUAAUGCGGUGAAGGCAGCCUUUGAGCAGGCAAUACAGAUAUCAACAGAAGGUGCCGUACAUGAGGCCUUGGAGAAGACUGCAGAAGAACAUGUACCACGGAAGACUCCAACAGAGCAGCCACCAAUGUCAGAGAACGUGGCAGAUCAUACAACAGAAGCAGCUGCAGUGCGAGUUAGUGAAGAGGAGACAGCGGUUCUCACUGCGGGAGAACCAGAUGCCCACGUGUCAGAAUCAAAUGAACAAACAGAUGAGGAAUCAGUUCAGGGACCUGCUCAAAAAGCAAAGCUUACUCAAGAUACAGACAAGGAACCUUCAAGACUUAUAGAACAUGAAACGUUUCAAGAGCGAUCCGAUUCAGAGCCGGUCAAAACAACAGAAGAAUCAAUUCUAAAAGCAGUUGAGUCAGUCAUUGAGGUGGAGUCUGUUGAGGAACAAGAAAAGUCAGGUGGGGAGUCAGUUUUGUUAGGCCCUCAGGUUGUUAAAGUGGGUGAACCAAAUACUGAUAACUUUGCUGAGCAUUUGGAAAUGGAGGAAUCACCUGUCCACGCAUUUACAGCUGACAUACGAAAUGAAAACAAACCAGGAAGAGAAGCAGGAGGCGAGGAGGUUGAAAGAAGUGCAGGAGUGCCAGAAAACGCAUGGAAGCCUCAAGUGUCUGAGAUGGAGAAGACUGUGGAAACAGAGAGAGUAGAGGUGACAAUAGCCAGUGAAGAUGUUAAAUCAGAAGGGCUCCAAGAAGAUGUAAAAAUGCUACCUGGAGAUAUGGAAAGACCAGAGGCAGAGACAGAAUCAGAGAUAAGACAAGAGGAAAGAAACACUGGGAUAGUGGUGGAGGGUGUAGGUGGUGUAGUAGUUGAGGAACAGUUAGAAGAAGAACAUGAAGCAGAAGUUGAAGCAGAGAAGGUAAAAACAGAAACUGAGCUUCAGACGUUUUUAGGAGAGGAUGAGGUCCCACCUACCGGAAAAACAGCAACAGUGGAAACUCAACAGGAAGCAGAGGUCAUCGUGAACACUAAAGGGUCAAUGAAGUGGCAGGAGCCUGUCAUUAAAAAGGUUCAAGCAACAGGCGGUAGAGCGCAUGAAAUCAAUGACGUGAAUGAAAUUAUUACCUCCAGGGACCCAUUUGAGAACAGUCAUGGUGAACCAGCACUGGUGAACUCUGUUGUGGACCUCCCCCCCACACCCACCCUUGGCCUGGGGCUUAAAGAAAGUGAAGCACGAGCGGAGGAACCCAAUGACUCCACUUAUUCCAAAGCCUCAGGGCAGGAAGCUUGGAAGAUAGGAGCCAUAGCGGCAGCCUUCUUUCUCAUCCUGCAAACUGCUGUCACCAUUGUCUACAUUCUGAAGUGCAGGAGAAAGCCAAACAGUAACGUAACCCCAAAGAAACUGUGUGCAAGAGGAAAUGGAGGUUUAGAAUAUGAUGCAACCAACACAGACACCACCAUCCCAAUCGACGAACAAAUUGCUGUAGAUGACCUUCCAGAAUAUUCACAGGUCCAGGAAGAGGACGUUGCUAUGACAACAGGCCCGCCAGAUUCUUCCCAGACAAACUCCUCCCAUGACCUCAGAACCUCUGUUGUUUAGCACUGCUGACCUUAAAAGUAUAAUUGUGUGUGUGUUAGUAAAUAAUUGAGUUUCUGACAGCGUGAACAUGUGUGAUGAAUGGUCCGAUUAGUCUUGACAGCAAUGUCACUCCUGGGUUAUUCACCAUAUAGUGAUUUCUGUAAAAUGUCUUCAAUAAUGUACACAAUGGAGCUGUAUCAAUAUGUUUUGUCCUCGAUCACCACUAUACAAGACUUGAUGAAGGUGAACAAUAACCGCACUUCACAACUAACCUUAUGGUAACCUUUCUGUUCUGAAUUAUUCACCCAAAAGUUGCUCAAAAUCUCCUUUUUCUUAGUGGAAAGAAUUAUUGAAGUGUUACCGGGUCAAAACUACCAUUUGCACAAUAGACAAAAUGCAAUUAUUUGGCUGAGCUUUUUUAAUGCAUCAGAUGAUGUUAUUUACAAUGAAGUUUCAUAAAAGUAUGGUAAUGAAUUGUUUGACUGUGGCAGUGUUAUGUUUGACACUAUUGGUAAUUAAACAACAUU